CCGAUCAAUAUCCUGGCAAAAUGUAUAAAAAAAUAUAAAAUAAAUAAUAAGUAUAGUUUAGUAUAUAAUUAAGAUAAAUAUGAAGUUUUCAAUGUAAAGAAUUAAGCUUAUAGUUUAUGGUAAUAUUGCCCAUAUAAUGUUUUUAAAGCUUCUAUCAAAAAUAUACUCAAAGCAUUAAAAUGAAAUAAGAACAAAAAUGGUUGAUCCAGAUGACCAUCAAACCGAUCAACACUUUUGUCUAAGAUGGAACAAUUUCCAAGCAAAUAUAACGUCUCAGUUUGAAUUGCUAAGAUCAGACGAGGAUUUCACCGAUGUUACCAUUGCAUGCGAUGGCCAAAAACUGCUGGCACAUAAAGUUGUUCUUUCAGCUUGCAGUCCAUACUUCAAGGAGCUGUUUAAGGCUAAUCCGUGUUCACACCCAAUAAUUUUCAUGCGAGAUGUUGAGGCUAGACACAUCAUCUCCUUAAUGGAGUUUAUGUAUGUCGGAGAGGUGAAUGUGUCACAAGCCCACCUAUCAACUUUCUUAAAAACUGCUGAAUCUCUGAAAAUUAGAGGGUUAACUGACACCUCUUCUGAUCCCGAUCAUGUGGUUGAAGAGUCUGGAUUAUGUUUGAAACCACAGACCAUAAGAACUGCGAGUUUGUUUUGCAGAAGUAACAUUCUAGUCAAUAAAAACAAGCCAAAUAAGAUAAGCCAAAUCCCAUUUUCAAGCACCAUAACUUCUAGUCAAGAUGUAGCUUUAGAUGUACCAGUUUUGCCAAGUGUUGCUAGUCCUGUCCCAAAACGAAGUAAAUCUGAGACUGAAAUUAGAUUAAGGAAAGAUGACUCGAUGACACUAAACCCAUUUGCAUUACAAACUGAAUCAAGAAGUCCCAUAGAUCUCAUGCCUAAAAUGGAACUUCCUGAUUAUACUUCUGAGGAUGAUAACGAGCAGGAUGAUGAAUCUUCAAAUUUUUAUGUGAAAAAUUGUGGUGGUGACUUAUUAGGCAAUAUGGAAAUGUCCCCUCAACCGUCAAGUUUUUUGGCAAAAGAUUUAUUGGAUCCAGACAUAACUUCACAAAAUUUCAGAAUAAGGCGCCGUAGGUUAUCGGACCACUGGAUGCCGUACAACUUCCAUUCCGCCACCAAUCCUACUGCCUACUACGACACCCCGUCCAGGUUCUUCGAGAAACGAGAACCGGAAAGGCGUAAUAAAUUGGUGAAACUGGGAGACGGUAUAGAGAUCUACGAGGAUCAACUGCGUAGCAUCAAGUGGAACGACUAUAGGAAAUUAACGAGGGGCUUGGCCACGAUUUUAUUUAGUCCUGCGGAAUUGGCCACGUGUUCCGUAACGGGACAGAGAUGGAGUAGGGCGGGAAACGGGGAAAGACCGGUGAAACCGGCCCUGGAUCGUGCCAAAGUACAAGCGAUUAUUUCGUACGUUGCCGCCCGAUUCCCCAUGGUAGAAAUAAGCCGAAUCAAGCAAGUGCUCGCGUAUAAAUGCAAAGAAAAUUGUACCGCUUUAAAAAUGAAAGCGGUAAGAUAUUAUGGUCCCAGCGAUCAACGUAACGAUUAAUUAAUGUAUUUGUAUUGUGUUAAUUAAUGUAGCCAAGACUGUACUGCAAUAAGAUGCCAAAUUAGAAUUCUCAGUGUCAAAAUAUAAUUUAAUGCUCAAUUUAGGGGAUCUUAGUGAUAACGUAUAGUGUCUAGAAGUUAGAUCAAGUUUAUAAAAAGAAACACCUUGAGUUGCCAAAGAAACUUUUGAAGUGACCCGUUUCAUACUAUAAAAACAUCAGACUUCAUCAGACUUCUGAAGCUAUCGAUCUAUAGAGGAAUUAAUUGUUUAUUUGUUGAAUAUUUUUAGUUCAAUAAAACAGAUUUUUUGUUAUUAACUAAUGCUAUUUAGAUUGUUAAUUAUUCGAAUUUUACUACACAAUUUUAGGUUUUUAUUAAAUGUUUAAUAAACUUGUGCCAUUAA